AUGCGAGGUGCAGAGUCGAUCGGCGUGAUGGUAGAAGAGACAGUGGAAACUGCUCCUCGGGAUGCAAGUAGCUGUGAUGGAACUAAAUAUUUAAACAUUUAUGUAGGAGGUAAGGAGAAAUUAAAUGAAUUUAAGGUACUUUGUGUUCCUGACAAAACAGAAAUAGAUGCAAGUAGCUUUGAGAAAACUGAACAUUCGAAAAUUGAUGUAGUUAUUGGAGAAGAAGAUAAAUCAAACGUAUCGAUUGUUCUAAAUACUUCCAAUGAUACAGAAGAUGUUGAGUCUCCUGAUAUCUAUGAAUCUGUUAAUAAUUUACAAUCAACUUCGUCAAUGUUUAAAAAUGAUCCAGUUUUAUUUAUGAAUAAAUCAAUCACACCUGGAUUGAAGUUAAUUCAAUUAGAAAUGGGCCCAUGCCACCAACCAGUUGCUACCAAUUUACCCAAUGGUAAAUUUCCUAAAGAUGAAUCAAAUCUACCACGUUUUUUUUCAACAUCAUAUUAUACAAAGUUGGUUAAUGGAAAUUCUGAACAUCGAUCGUGGAUUAUAUACUCGCCUGCAAUGAAUAUAAUUUAUUGCUGGACAUGCAAAUUGUUUAGUUCUAUUAGAAUUAGAGCUCAAAAAAACUCUUUUAUAACUACAGUUUGCAAUUCAUGGGGACAUUUAGGUGGUUUAUAUGGUCCAAUUAAUUUACAUGAAACUUGUAAAGAUCACUUAGAAGCUGAAUAA